AUGUCUCAAACAAAAGUUGCACUCGUCACAGCUGCCAGCAGUGGGCUCGGCGCCGCCAUUGCCCGCAUGUUGGCUGUUGACCUCGGCAUGAAUGUGGUUAUCAACUUCAAUAGCAACGCAUCGCGUGCAGAAGACCUUGUGAAAAGCAUUCAAGACGAAUUCAAUGCGACGCAUAUUGAGGGUCGCGUAUCAGUUCAAUCCAUACAAGCUGACAUGUGUGACAAGUCCCAAGUCAAAUCUCUCGUUACAGAUGCAGCCGCCAGAUUUGGAGACCGCCUGGACAUUGUCAUCUCUAACGUCGGAUGGACUCGCAUGCGUAACUUCUCAGACUUGGAGGACAAUGUUGACGAGGACGACUGGGACCGCUGUUUCACUGCCAACGUGAAAAGUCAUCUAUGGCUCUUCCAUGCGGCAAAGAAGUAUCUCGAAGAAAGCAACUUGCGAGACGCCGGAGGCGCGGCGUUUGUAAGCACAGCGAGCUUGGCAGGGGUCAAACCCAGCGGGAGCAGCGUGCCUUAUGCAGUCACAAAGUCGGCACAGAUUCACCUUGGCAGGUGUCUCGCUACUCUGGCAGCUCCGUCUAUCAGAGUCAACACCAUAUCCCCCGGAAUUUUACUCACGGAAUGGGGUCUUUCGUUCCCAGCUCAGCGGCUUGAACUUGCUCGGAAGUCUAACAAGCUGGAUCGAUUUGCUACAGUGGAGGAUGUUGUACAGCAAGUUAAAACAUUUGUGGUGUCCAAGUCGGUGACUGGGCAGAAUGCCGUUAUUGAUGCAGGCUUCACGCUUUGA